GCGCUUUCCACUAGGACUUGAGAGAGGUCUGCAAGCAGACACCAGUGAGGCUGCUUUUGGCCCACGGGGCGCACACGGGGCCCACGCGGGCUCCACCUCCCUGCCCGGCAAUGGAGUACAUCCUCUUCGUGCUGUACUUCUCCUUUUUCCUCUGUCUCUGUGCCCUGGUGUGUCUGUACUUUUCCGGUUGUCAGGAGAUGACCUACAAGCAUGAAGAAGCAUGUUGUGGAGACAUUUUUUGGAUUUGAUGAGGAGUCUGUGGACUCGGAAACCUUGUCAGAAACCUCCUGCAACACGGACAGGACGGACAGGGCCCCAGCCACGCCCGAGGAAGACUUGGAUGAU